AUUAACAAUAUUUUGUACGGACUAGUUUUUUUUUUAGCUACAUCUAAGUAAUCACUACAGUAAUAAGUAUAUUACCACCGUAUGAAUUUUAACUAAUUCGCAACAAGAAGAUGAGACAAUUUACAAGCUACUUGAGCUCAUCAGAUGUCAAAACUAUCUCAAAUAGGCUUGACUGGAGAUGUUAGCGAGUUGAGUUGAGAUACUCAAAACUUGACUUGAAAACCAAUAAGAAAUUAAACGUGAAAAAAAAAAAAAAAUCUCAUAUCAAUUAUGGUCAACAAAAUUACAGGAAAAUUAUGCAAUUAAUACUCAAAAUAUUCGUUUACAUAUACCAUUAAUGUUACAGAGUCUGACAAUUAAUUAGUGAGCUACUCAAAUUAAAAUCAAAUUAGUCAAAAUUCGGUUAAAGCUCGCUUGGUCAAAACUCAACUCGAAAUGUUAGCGAGCAAAUUCAAUUCAAGUUGAUCUAUCCCAAAGCUGCACUCAACUUAAAGCCGAACUCAACUUGCUUCAUAAGCACGUACCCCUAGGGCCCUAGUUGUAAUUUUAAAUAAAUCAGAUUAUAAUUGUUUAAAUUCCAUGUCACUUAUGGACUCUUUGGGGUAGUGAUUCCCUUAUGCCCCCCCCAAUAAAAUAUGCCCUACAAACUAAUAUAGACUAGAUUAACUUAGCAUGUAAGAGAUAUCAUUUUAAUAAAAUUGAUUAUUAUAUCCUCCUUAUUACCUUAACCAAAAAAAAAAAUAACUUAAAUAAAAAUAAAAAUAAAUAAAUAAGAGGUAACAAAUAGGUUUACUACUCAAUAUGCAUUUGUAUGAAGAGAGUUUAAGAAUAAUUAUAAUAAUUACUAUGGAUAUACAUGUUUUAUUAUCUAAUCCUAAAGCUUUAUAUUUUAUAUAUAAAAGUCCAAUAGUAUAUAUGUAAGUGUAGUUAUAUAAAGAGCUUCAUUCUCUAAAACACAUUUGCCUCUUACAAGGAAUUGAUCCCAAGAAAAUAACUUAGCCUCCAAAACAACCAAACCUCCCAUCUCCUUAUUAAGACCAAAAUAUAGUAGCGAUGUGUCCUUUUGUACCCACUUUAGGAUUGGAGUAUGCUAUAGAAUUAGAAUUAGAAACAUAUGAUCAAGUUUUACUAGAUAAUAAUUAUCUAAACUUGGACGCCAUAUUUCUUCCUAAUAUUUUGCUGUCUCAAGCUCAAGAUGAUAGUAAUGAUCAUGUUAAGCUUAAGCAAAGAAAAUCGUCGCUAAGUACAAGCUCAGCAGAUCAUCAGUUUGGUGCAGCCAUGACUACGACGACCACAACAAUGAAGAGAAAAAUUAAUCAUAACGCUAGUGAGAGGGAUCGGAGGAAGAAGAUCAAUGUCUUGUAUUCUUCUCUACGUGACUUGCUUCCUGCUAAUGAUCAAAUUAGAAGAUUAAGCAUUCCUGCGACUGUCGCACGGGUGCUGAAGUAUAUACCAGAACUACAAGAAGAAGUGAAAGAUCUAACACAUAGAAAAGAAGAACUCUUAUCAGAAAUUUCAGUGUUACAAGGAAAUAAUACAAGGGAAAAUAUUCACGAGGAAAAGCCGAAAAUGGACAAAAUCAAGGAGAAAUCAACAUCUUUUUCAGUUUCUAUGAAUAAUCUGAGUGAUAAAGAAAUGGUAAUUCAAAUAUCAACAUUAUUUGAAAGGGUAUCAUUGAGUGAAGUGCUUAUAUUGCUUGAGAAGAAUGGUAAUGUUAUUAUUGAUGUUUCUUCUUUUCAAUCCUUUGGAGGAAGGUUUUUCUACAAUAUACAUUUAUGGUUGGAAGAAAAUUAUGUUGUCAACUACGACAAGUUGAAUGAAGAGCUAUUAUCCUUGUUUCAAAAGCAGAAGCAGAAGUUGUCUACUCCUUGUCGUUGAAGUGCGCAUGCCCAUAUCAUGUAACAUUUUGCUUUUUGUUAACCUCGGAAAAACUUAUGCAUAUAAUUAGUAUGUACUAGUAUAUAUCUAUAUAGGACUAAGUUAUCCUAUUAAUGCGACGAUAUAGUUAGAGGUAGAGAGAGUACUCGACUAAUUGCCAUAAAUCAUAACUCUUAAGUCCCGAAUCAAAUUGUUGUACGAGGAAAUGUGUGAAUGUCGUAAAAAAUUAUGUGAUAGAAUGAUAAGCUUAUUGAGAUGAAUAAACUUUUCAAUAAGCUUA